AACAAAAGAGUCUUUUUGUCUCUCAGGAUGAAGGUGAGUGUUGCUCUGCUGCUGCUGUGCUGUCUGUCACUCAGUGAUGGACAAACUCAGGUAAAAGAUUUGGUGGCCAAUGGAGAAAACAACCAGCCCAACAUCUGGACUGAGGUGAGAGAUUUAAGAGACAUGAUGGUGGAGCUAAGAGUCAAGUUGGAUAUGGCGAUGAAAGAAAAUGCAAAAAUGGCAGAACAAAUACUGGAGCUGAAGAAAGAGAAUGCAGCGAUGAAUGAGCGAAUGAAAAUAGGUGAAACCCAGCUGGACGCCUUUAAGAGAGAACAUGCAGAACAACCUAAAGUGGCAUUUUCAGCUGACUUAGGGAUCCGUGGUGAUUUAGGUCCCCACAGUACUGAGAUCACACUGACCUUCAACAAUGUCUUCACGAAUAUUGGUAACAACUACAACCCAAUAACAGGUCUCUUCACUGCACCAGUUAAAGGAGUCUACUACUUCAGAUUCACUGCAUGUGGUGUUCAAAUCAGACAAUCACUGGGUGCAAGUUUAUAUAAAAAUGGGCAGAAGAUUGUGUCAGUGGGACAAUGGCGUAAUCACGAUCAGCACCGAUACGCAUCAAAUGGAGCUGUCCUGCAGCUGGAAGUGGAUGAUGUAGUUUGCAUGAAGCUCCUCCCGGGUUACACCAUCUACGACAGUCCAGAUAACCUCAGCACUUUCAGUGGAUUCCUCAUUUACCCAUUAUAGUGAUUAACCAUGCCAUUCACAACUAUAUUACAACAUGGACGCUUUUGUUGAUCUUCUGGAUGUUCAUUCUCAUCUAUGCUCUUUUUCUACAUUAGUUUUGAAUUAUAACUACAACCACAUAAUUGGUUGCUCUCAGAAAAUUCACAAUCACACUUAUGCUGUAUUAAGCUUAUACUGUACCAUGGAAAAGUCAGUAACUGUGAUAAUGAUUUUACAUGCUGUUGUUUGCAUUAAAUAAAUUCUCUAUCCUCUAUUAUAAAAA